AUGCGGCUGGACAUUGGUGGCGCAAAUCAUGCCGAAGCGCUAAGCUCCGCUAAGGCUAAGAUCCGUCUUGCCGCGUCCCCGUCCCGCCUCCUCAACUACAUGAACCGCGCCGAGGACAAGGCCUCCAAACUACCGGGUAAUCUCGAUCGCGACAAUUAUGUCCAGCCGCACCGAAAAACCCAUUCUAGGGUUACCAUUGGCUUAGACACCAUCUUCUGA